AUGUCUGUGAACGCUUGUUUAUGUCCUGUAGUAAGCGUACACGGAUGUUCAAUAGUAACUGUCGAAGGUAUUGGUAACACUAAAACGCGAUUGCAUCCCAUACAAGAUAGAAUAGCGAAAAGUCACGGAUCACAAUGCGGUUUUUGUACACCCGGUAUUGUAAUGUCGGUUUACGCUAUGCUCAGAUCUUUGGGGAAAACACCCAACAAAAAAGACUUGGAAAUAGCUUUACAAGGUAUAGUCGACAAUCGUACACAUAAUAAUAUACCAUAUAUAUAAUACAAUGUAUACGUAGGUAUAGGUAAGCUAAAAUGUUAAGACUAUUUUUUUUUAAACUAUUUUUUGUUUCAGGAAACUUGUGUAGGUGUACGGGAUACAGACCGAUUUUAGAAGGAUUGAUGACAUUGACUGCCAAUUAUAAAGUCCCUGUGAGUGGAUGCCCAAAAGAAAACAACUGUUGUACAAAGAUAAAAGUGAUUGGAAAUAAUGUAGAGAAUACGACAAAUUCUUCGGAUUUUUUACCAUAUGACCCGUCUCAAGAACCAAUAUUUCCACCAGAACUUAUGGUGAGAAAAAAAAAAUCUUAUGUUUUGUGUAUUUCAAGUAUUUAUGUACCUAGCUAACAAAAGACUACGACGAAGAGUAUUUGAUAUUUAGAGGUAGAAAAACUAUGUGGUAUAGACCGACAUCACUUUUUGAACUAUUGGAACUCAAGUCUAAAUAUCCUAAUGCGCGAAUAAUUGUUGGAAACACUGAAGUUGGUAAGUAUUUCAUUUAAUUUAAACAAAAAUAUAGUUAAUUUAAUGAACAAAAUCGUUACAAAACUGUUACUUAUCGAAAAUAUAGGAAUUGAAAUAAAAUUCAAGUCUUGUCAAUAUUCCGUAAUGAUACAACCGAAUAAAGUAUCAGAAUUAAACGUUGUUAAGGUGAGUGCUGAGGGAUUGAUUGUUGGAGCUGCGGUAACCAUUGACAAAUUAGAAAAUCAAUUAAAGAAAUUGGUUGAUACCAUGCCGGGUAAAUAAUUUUGAUUGAUUGGCAAGUGCUAUUAUACUACAUAUUUUAAAAUUUUAAGAUAUUGAUUACUAUACAAAUAUACCUUUUUGGUUAUUAAUAUUUGUCAGAAAUCAUAUUUUUCCUUAAUAUUUUUGUUGGCCACUUUUCAUCAGUUUAUAUUUAAAUGUAAAAAUAGGUUAGUUUUUUUAAGACAAUAUUAAUAUUAUAACAAAAAUAAAUAAAUAAAUAAAAAUUACUACCUCACUCUUCUUUUCAUGGCUGCAAUCACCCUUUUAAUCGUAUGCUUCGCAGGUUUAACAAUACGUCGUAACUGUGGCUUAAUAUUUGGACUAUUAUAUAAUAUUAUAUAAUUAUUCUUUGUCUAUGUUUAAAAAUUAUUCAACUUCUGUCAAGUACUCAGUACAUAUUUAGUAUUAUAAGCAUCUUUAAUUUUUUGUAAAUUGCCUGAUUGGGCGUAAGUUAAUUAAAAAAAAUAAUAAUAAUAACAAAAUAAAAACGUUUUGUUUCAAAAAGGUCGUUUAUCAUUGACACAUUUACGGGUGUCAAAAAUUAAAUAACGACUUAUUUCUUUGGUUUUAGAUUAUAAAGUUCAAGUAAUAAAGUCUAUAUUGGAGAUGAUACCGUCGUUUGCUAGUAAACAAAUUCGUAAUGUUGCUGUUAGUGUAGUAAAUAUAAUAGUAAUAGUUGUCUAGUAUUAAAGUUACUGAAAUUUAAUGAUAUUAUAAUUUUCGAAAGUGUAUAGCCGGAAAUAUUGUAACAGGAAGUCCUAUAUCGGAUUUGAAUCCAAUAUUUUUAGCUGCUCGUUGUCAAUUAAAGGUACAGAGUAAAGGUAAUGGCAGUUUUAUUUUUAUAUUUUAAAAAUAUACUUGUUUUGUAUACACGUGUUAUUUUUAUUUAUUUUUUUUUUUUUAGAAAACGGAACAAGAUUUUUAAAAAUGGACAGAACCUUUUUUACUGGUUACCGAAAAAAUUCUAUACACGCAAAUGAAAUCCUAAUAGACUUGUUCAUUCCCUUUUCACAAAAAGUAAAACAUUAAAAAAAUAAAAAUAAUAUUAUUAUAUAUUAUAUUAUAUUAUAUAUAAUAUAUUUAAAUUAAUAAAAAAAAAGACGUCCUAAGAUAAUUGGGAUAAUUCAAUGUAUACCUAUAAGCAAUAAUAAACCAUUGCUUACGAAAAAACAAUUCUGAGUGGAAUCAGUUGAUGCUUUGUCAACAAUACAUAUGUCAUUUUAUAUUAAAAAAAUUAAAUAGGCUUUAUAUAUUUUCUUUAAUAAUAUUUGUUUAACGUUGUACCAAUUUUUCCAAUUUUCCUACGUUUUUCACGGUUUUCCUAUUUUUUAUCCCGGUUUUUCACAUUUUCUGAGAAAACUAAGGAAAAUCGAAAAAUGACCUUUUUAAAGAACCUCCCUAGUGAAAUUUACUAUUAGAAACAUUGCUAUUCGUACAUUUUCCCGGUGUUUUUUUCGGUUUUCAAAUUUGAUAAGAAAAUUAAAAAAUGACCUCUCUAAAGUGCUUCCCUCUUUCUGAAAAGGUGUUACACGUAAAAAACUGAGCAAGUAUUCCGGUAAAAAAGUUGUGAACAGAUAAAAAAAAAUAAACAUCUAGGUAAAACUAUGAUCUUCUCUCAGAAUUUAAAAUAUUGUUUUAGAAUACUUUUUUCAAGUCAAUUAAACAAUCAAGAAGAAAAGAAGACGAUAUAGCUUUGGUGAAUGCUGCAUUUUUUAUAAAAAUAUCGAAGAACGUAGUAAAAGAUGCAGAAUUUGUUUUUGGCGGAAUGUCAGCUACUACAGUUUUUGCUAGGAAAACAAAAAAACUAAUAAUUAACAGAGAAUGGACAGACUCCAUGUUAGAUGGUAUAUACUUGGAGUUGCUUAAAGAUUUACCUUUGGCAUCAAAUGCACCCGGUGGAAUGGUAACUUAUCGCAAAACCCUUUCUCUGAGGUAAAUGUUUUGUAGCAAAAUACAGUAUAGUUACGAGAUGUUAUAUUGUACUUUAUAUUAUUAUUGCUAUUGUAUUUUUAGUUUAUUUUUUAAAUUUUAUAACUAUGUGUGCGAACAAUUAAGUCUGAAAACGAUAGACUUUCAAGUGAACGAUACAAAUGAUGUAUUUAAGUAUGCUCAGUAUUAUCAAAUCGUCGGCAAUUCUCAAUGUUCAAACGAUACUAUCGGCAAACCAUUAAUUCAUAGGUCGGCUAUACAACAAACUACAGGUAACUUUUACAGACUAAAUGAAAUUUAAAUUUAUUAUAACACAAAUUAAUACUACUGCAAUUUUACAUCGUAAAUAUAAUAAAUAAGUAUAUAUUUCGUUUUCAGGCGAAGCGGUUUAUUGUGAUGAUAUACCUCGGUACUCAAACGAAACUUAUUUAGCGGUUAAAACUUCUAUUUAUGCCCAUGCCAAAAUUACUAGUAUAGACUACACCGAUGCUCUGUCGUACCCUGGAGUGAUAGCGAUAGUAGAUGAAAAAGAUUUACCUGGAAGUCGUAACAUGGUUGGUGUAACACCGAUUAAAGAUGACUAUGUUUUCGCUAGAGGAAAGGUUUGUAGUAAAUUUUUUUUCCACUGAAAUACUUUUUAACGUUUCUAAAUAAACCAUGUUGUUUAGGUAGUCAAUUUCGGGCAAAUAAUCUGCGGAUUAGUUGCUAUCGAUCCAAUCAUUGCACAAGAAGCAGUCGACAAAAUCCAUGUUCAGUACGAAGAACUAAAACCGAUAAUUACCAUUGAGGUUUGUAAAUUAUCUAGUAAUCAUUAAUUUGAACAAUAUAUUGUAAUGUGCACCACAACCAGUACAUAUAUAAAGGUAUUUUAAUGAUUUAAACUUUCGAUUUGAUCUCAUUAGUCGUUUUAAGUUAUUGAUAAUGAAAAUUAGUCACUCAAAUCGAAUAAUAAAUAACGUAUAACAAUAUUGAAUGGAGGAAUUUUAGCGUUUUUGAUUUGGCGCACACAAAAUUACACCUCAAUCAAUUUUAGCGAGUGCGUUAUUUGAGCUUACGUCAUAAAAACGUAUUUAUCAAAACACAAGAGUAGCUACAAAAUAAUAUAUACUAGGUUAUGCACAUUGCACUUGUUGUUUACUCUAUUAUAUUAAUUGUAGUUCUGUAGAUAUUUAUAAUCAUAUUUUGAACUUUAUACUAGUAUUACAUUUUCGAUAAUAAUAUAUAUUCAAUGGAUUCUGCAUGUCUGCCAUAUGAACGUUACACUUUAUUUUCUAUAGAAAAUUAAAUUAUCAAUGAAAUGACUCACAUAGUCAACCUCAACUCUUACGUGCAAUCUAUAUACCUAGUAUAGAUCUUGUAUUUUAUGAAAUAUCCUAACAUUUUAUUACUUAUUUUAAUAAUAUUCAGUAUAUUACAACACUUGUAUAUUUGUUGUUGCCACAUAAUUUUUUUUGAUUUUAAUUAAUUUGUUUUAUUUUAGUUUUAUAUAUUAUUAUUCAAAUCAACUGCAUAAUACUUAGAAACAUUAGGUACAAAAAUAAAAGGCAAUACACUUCUAUGGUACAGUCAAAUGAUACACACACAUAUAUAUAUAUGUAUAAAUAUAGUUAGGGUCAUUAGUAAUGUACUAAUGUAUAAUAAAUGGUUGCAGGAAGCUAUUGAAAAUAAAUCUUUUUAUGAUGGUCGAUGUGUUUACUGGCAAAAAGGGUGUGUAGAUCAAGCAUUCAAGGAAUCGAAACGAUCUGUAACAGGUACACUGAGAAUUGGAGGCCAAGAUCAUUUUUAUUUAGAAACGCAUUGUUGUUUGGCGAUACCGUUAAACGAAAACAACGAGAUUGAAAUAAUUAGUUCGACACAAUCGCCGAGUGAACUUCAGGUAGGUAUCUAUUAUUAUUUAUUUAUUUUAAAUUCCAUAUAAUAUUAUAAUGAUAUUUUCUUAUUAUGAAUAGGAAACUAUCGCGCAUUGUUUAGACAUACCAGAAAAUCGUGUAGUUUGCAAAACAAAACGUCUAGGUGGUGGGUUUGGCGGUAAAGAAACUAAAGCAUUUAUUAUAGCUGUGCCGUGUGCAGUAGCCGCCGUAAAGUAAGAACUAUCGCUAUAAAAUUAAUUUAUAUUUUUUUAAAUUAAGUCCUAAAAUUAGAUUUUAUUUUUGAUUACUUUUUGUUCUAGAACUGGGAAACCAGUUAGAUGUAUGUUGGACAGACACGAAGACAUGGUAAUCUCAGGUGGCAGAAAUCCAUUUCUGUGCUGUUAUAAUGUAGGAUUCGAUGAAAGUGGACAAAUUCAGGUUUUAGAUGUUUCUGUAUACAACAACGCUGGGAGUUCCAGGGAUUUAUCAUUCGGAGUAAGGGUUUUAUACAAUUUUUUUAUUUAAAUAUUCCAUAGGUCUUAUCCCGUUUUGUCACCGUAUCAUUACACCGCUGUCCCAUUUCGUCACCAAAUUAAUCCAAUUUCGCCGUACAGUUCUCAAAUUAUUUUUUUUUUUUAUAUAUAUAUAUAUAAACAUAGUUAUGGAUUUGUAAUUAGUAAAGCAAUAGAAAUGACAAAAAUUUGCAUGGAAGACACACAGUAUAAAAUAAGCGUUAAAUAUGCGAAGUCAGAAGAUUUUGAAGUAAAAACUGGCUUAAAGCACGGAGAUUUACUAUCCUUUACUCUAUUUAAUAUAUCUUUGGAGAAAGCUAUAAGAGAAUUACAAAUGGAAUGGAUGCAACUGGAGUGGAAAUUGGCUAAUAACAUAUUCAAGUACUGGGUUUUGCAGAUGAUUUAAUUAUCAGAGACCCCCUGAUACGGGGUCUCUAACUUUCGAAAAAGUCGAUGAAUUUCCAUAUCUAGGAGCAAUGCUAAACACUAAAAAUUAUUGGUUGAAGGAAAAAGGAGUGAGGAUGACAAAGGCUGAAAGAUUGGCACUUGCCUUAAGUAAAUUCUUAAAAUCAAAAUUAUUUUCAAAGAAAACCAACACUAGAUUAUAUACACGGUAAUAAUAAGGCCUACGCUAACCUAUGGCUGUGGAGCUUGAACCACCUCCAGUACAACCGAAAGAAGGCUCAGGACUUUUUAAAACAGAAUUUGGAGGACAAUAUUUGGACCAACUUAUGAUAACGAUAAUGCAACUUAGAUAAAACAAUUUACAAAGAACUGCAAGACGAACUGGGAAUUAUAUCAGUCAUCAGCUUCAUAAGAGGGCAAAGGAUUCAGUGGUUAGAACACGGGAUGUGGACAAACAAGGAUGAUAAUUAUGUAGAACAGUCCUAAACUGGAAACAAUGGGAAGAAGCCCUCUAGGUAGACCCAGGAAAAAGUGUCUGGAUGUUGUGGUAAAAGACCUUGAAAGGUUAGGAGUACAAGAAUGGAGGGAAUUAGUUUAGGACCGAGAAAAAUGGAGGAAUAUUGUUAUGGCGACCAAAAAUCUUAAAGAGUAUUAAAUGCCAGAAGAAAAAGAAGAAAACAAUAGAUGGAAACAGUGAACGAUAUAUCAUUUGAAACGAUUUUAGUACUUAUCGAGUUAAAUUUUUUCUUUGUUAACUUUUAACUUUUAACUGAAGGAAAUUGAAUUGAAUUAACUUGCAAUAAUUAAUUAUUUUCAUUAAUAUAUUGCCCAUCUUUGGUAAUUUGUAACUUCUAAGUAAAUACCGGAUUUAAUUGUAUUUACAACACAUACAAAUUUCAUAUUAAAAUUAUAUAGUUGCACCAAAAAAUACGUAAAAAUUGCACUAUAAAAAUGCAAAAGUUAUAUAAAAAAAAUUAGAUAAAUGUUACUUUUUUAAUUAAAAUUGAUAAUUAGAUACAUUUCUAAAUUAUUUUCAUUAAAUUUUAUCUUUUAUUCCUUAAAAUAUGUUUGUAUAACGAAAAACUACGUUUUACGUUCUACGUCUACACUAGUUAUUGAUGCAUAUUUAAAAUAAUUUAAUAAAGUAAGCGUUAUAUCUAAAUUAACAUUCGCUUAACUUGAAUCGCACAUUGAAACGUCGAAAAUUGAAAAAAAUUGAAUUAAAUAGGCAGAAUAUUUUUCGUAUAUAUCGUUUAUAUAUUUAAUCAGAUCUGAUUUAUCUUUAUUGCAAUAAAAGUUGUUAUAUCAACUAAAUUCGGUAUUUACUUAUAAGUUAUGUUAAGUUACUCGAAAAAUAAAUUCGGGGAAAUUAAACGGCGAUGAAAUGGAAGGGAGAUUAAAUGGAAGCUGACCAUUGUAUAAACAUCUUAAAAUUUUUAUAUUUUUGAUCUGUUUAUAGACAAUGGAAAGGUGUUCUUGUCACAUAACCAAUACUUAUAAUAUACCUCAUGUUAAAGUGUCAGGGUAUUCUUGUGCCACAAACUUAGCGUCAAACACGGCGUUUAGAGGAUUUGGGGCACCCCAAGGGAUGUUUUUCAUCGAGUCUAUUAUCGAUCAUAUAUCCAGAGAAUUAAACGUCUCUUCCAAUAUAGUGAGAGAAAAUAAUUUUUUUGCUAACGGUCACAUCACGCAUUAUAAUCAAUUGAUAUCUAAUUUUACCGCCAAAUACUGUUGGGACGAAGUGUUGGAACGCUCAAAAUAUACCGUUAAAUCUGACGACAUCAAAGAAUUCAACAGGUAUGCCUAUAAUAUAUUAUAUACCUAGCAUCAUUUAGAGCGAUUUGUUAUUCAACACAGUGAUAUAUAUAGACCAGAAUUGAACAGCCAAGCUAUUGAGAAAAUCUUGGUGGCAAGUAUAGAGUAACAUACAUAGAAAUACCAUUGUUUUCAUAAAUUGAAGCUAGUACUUCAACUCUUUUUUUAAAACUAUCAUUUUAUACAAAUUAAUUGAAUAUUGUAUAGUUUGGUGUAUAUGCAUCAACCAAAUAAAUUCAGAUUAAAUAAUAAUUGCAAAUAACCAUUAUGCAUAUUGUAGUAUUUCUAAACAAAAUAUUAUAAAUAAUGAUUACUUUUGUUUCAUUAUAAUAUUUGUGAGAAUUUAGUAUUAUUACUUGAUCAGCUUAUGAUCAAAUCAUUAAAAAAAAAAAAGACAAUAAUAAUAUAUAAAACAAAUUAUGUGCGCCACCUGGCACCUAUAACAGAUAGGUAUUUGGGAAGGUAGGGCGCCCCACUCUUGUAGGUGGGAAGUUGGAAAAAUAGGAUACAUUAAGUUAUUUGAAUUAUACCUGUAAGCAAAGAUAAAUCAUUGCUAACGAAAAAGGAUUCGGAUUGAAGUUAUUGAAGUUAAAGAUAUGUUUUUAAAGUAGGUAGUAUUUACGAUUUUUGUUAAAAUUUGAUUUUAAAACUUAUAUAUGUAUAAAAUACUACUAUGUUUUUUUGUACCACUAAGUACGACUUAUAAUGAUUAUCAUGUCAAUUUUCAAAUAUUUCUAUUUGAUCAAACAAUUUUAUCUACAGAAUACCUACCAAAUAAAAAUUACGUAAGUACUCGUAAAAUUAAAAUGCCAAAAUGCAUGAAUUAUGAGUACCGCACAAUAAAAACAAAUUUGAAAACCAUUAAUCAACAUAUUUUAUUUUGUAAGUUUGUAUCUAAAUUUUAACUGUCAUAAACCGUAAUAUAUUUUUUUGAUAAAAUACAUUGCACCUGGUGCACGAUUUGAAAUCUUUGAAUAAUUUGUUUACACCCAUGAUAUGAUUAAUUAUUUUAAUAAAAAACAAAAGUAAUUUUGAAUAUUAUGAUGUUUCUAUUACCAUUACAAACACAUAACACAGUCUUGUUUAUGAUGAACAAAUAAAUUAAACAAUGAAAAUAAUUAUGAUAGCGAUAACAUUUAAGCAGUUGUGGUGGUUACUUGUAUUAACCAACAUGUUCCGAUUGGUUCCAAUGGUGUUAUAAUGUACACAUCGUGGUUAUAUAAUACCUAUGGACGUAAUAUUUUAUAUAAUGUGUGGUAUUAAAUAUUAAUAUAGUCACUGUUAAAAAAAAUAACAGUAACUAUUAAUUUUUCUUCCAUGUAACAACUUGUUAUUUUUACUCGUCUAGUACCUGUUACUAAUAACUGUUGUUGUUAUUUUUUAUCACCACUAGUGCACCUGUAUAUUAUCAUAUAUUGACAUCUCAUAGUAUUUUAAUCUAUAAAAAAUAGUAGUUCUGAAAAAGCAGUCUAAAUUCUGACUUCAAUUAUUUAGUUAUACAGACAUUGUAGAAAACGGCCCCUCUAUAUUCUGUGGUGGGAAUUGGGUCACACAAAAUAAUACUUAUUUUCAAUUAAAUUCAUAUCAAUUGGUUUUUUUUUCGUAUAAUUUUGAGACGGUGUAAAUCGUAAAACUCGAGGAGCCGAUACGUUUCCUAUUCGGCGCUGGAUCAUUUUUUCAUGGGAGGGGAGCGAAUUUAAGUUAACUAUACAUUUUAUUUUAACUAGUAUAAACAUUCAUAAAUAUAUUAGUACUAUUUAUUUAUUCUAAUGUCAUAAAUUCAUAAUAAACACAUACAAAACAAUAUAGAUGAAAAUGUGAAAAUUUGGGAAAUCUUUAUCAUAUUGCCCGUUACGUAAUUAAUAAUUAAUUAUUAGUAUAUAAUUACGUCACUGGUUUACGAUAAAUGUACGUGAUUCGUAACUUCGUAGAUCAAACCGGUGGAAGAAACGAGGCGUUGCGGCAGUGCCGACAAUGUAUGGUAUUGCGUUUGCGGGAGGAUCAACGUUUUUAAAUCAAGCUGGCGCUUUGUUACUGGUUUACGCUGACGGAUCCGUAUUGUUAUCACAUGGUGGUGUUGAAAUGGGCCAGGGAUUGCACACGAAAAUGAUUCAAGUAGCUAGCAGGUGCUUGGGUAUAUCGGCGGAAUUGAUACACGUCAAAGAAACUAGUACUGACAAAGUUGCCAACGCGUCGCCAACGGCCGGCAGUUUUAGUUCUGAUCUCAACGGAAUGGCCGUGCUCGUAAGUAUAUCGAUUAUUUAUAACAUAUGUAUGCAAAUACGGUCUAUUUUUAAUGGCGAUAAUUUUCAGAACGCCUGUGAAAUCAUCAACAAAAGAUUGGAACCGUUCAGAAAAAGAAACCCAACAGGCUCGUGGGCCGAUUGGGUGAAAAUGGCAUAUUUCGACAAAGUGAAUCUGUGCGUCUCGGGAUUUUACGCGUAAGCCAUCACUUAUGAUUUAUCCUAUAUAAAAUGUGAUCUCAGAAUUAAAAUUUAAUCUUCUCCGUUAUAAUCUAUGUAUAAAUAUCGUGUAGUGUUUUUUUUUUUUUUUUUUUUUUUUUAUAUAGUUUAUUAAUACAGAGAAAGAUCCAGAAAAAUAUAAAUUCACGUGGUAGACGAGGAUUUGGAAAAUUUGAGAGUUUAAAACUGGAGAGAUGAAAAUUUAAGGUAGAGAUAGUGUAGCAAUGGUUUUAGAAGCUCUUAGAAAUAAUAAUCAUAUUAUCAGAAUAUAGAUGGAUAAAUUGAUAGAUAGAUAGAUAGAAAGAGAGAGAGAGAGAGAGAAAGAGAUUGAAAUGAUUGAAAUUCCUAUUUUAGUACACAGGGUAAUCAACUUAACAUAAGACACUUAUUAUCUCGGAAAGUAUUAUAUUUUUUUAGAAUUAGCUUUUCAGAACAAUUAAGAAAUGAAUAGCUCUAAAAUUUUACAUUAUUACUCUUUAUUUGUUACCCUUAUUUUAGGGAUUAAAACCACUACCUACUUUUGGUUUUCAAAUGGCAACCUAUUGGAACCGAAUGGAACACUAUUAAAAAGCCACGCGCCGUGAAUGCCAACAUAGAAAUGAUACACCACUUCACUCCCCCCAUCGAAACUACAAAGUAAAAUAUCGCAUUAACUGGUUGACGAAAAUUAAAAAUUGAUUUAAACUAAUACUUCGUGUAUUAAUGGUAUUUUAACAUAGAUUACCAUUUAAAAAUAAAAAGUAGGUUGUGGUUUCAAUCUCUAAAAUAAAGAUGACAAAAAAAAGAGUAAUAUAUAACAUUUUCAAGUUACUGAUUUCUUAAAUAUUCUAAAAAGCUAAUUCCAAAAAAAAUGUAUUUCUUUCUGAGAUAAUUCCGGGUACAGCCCGGAAUUGUUAUAAAUAAUUUAAUGUAUACCUGUAGGCAACGAUAAACAAUUUCUUACGAAAAUACGAUUCUGAGUGGUGUUCAGUUGAUAGAAAUGUUUUGUGAACAACAUAUAUGUCAUUUAAUAGUAAAAUAAUUAAAUAGAUUUAAUAUAUUUUCUUUAAUAAUAUUUGUUUAAAUAUACCGAUUUUUCCAAUUUCCUAAGUUUUUCCCGGUUUUUCACAUUUUCAGGGAAAAAUUCUGAGAAAAUCGAAAAAUUACAUUUUCAAAAUAUCUCCCCACACCGAUUUCCUUUCAGAAAAGACGUUACACUUAGAAAUCUGAGCAAGUCUUCUAGUAGAAAAAUUGUUAGCAGAUAAAAAAAAAAAAUAAAAAUCUUUUAAAACCAUAAGCUUCUUCGCUCCACUCAGAAUCUAAGACUUAAAAACUUACACCAGUAUCUUACCCGUCUAUUCUUUACUCAUUUUUUUACAUUAUAUAUUAAUGAUUUUUAUAUUGAUUUCGAUAGUUAAUAAUUAAAAGGAAUAAUAGUAAUUAUGUUAGAUAACCAUGAAAAUUAAUUACUUGGUUGUAUGCAUGCAGAAAUCACACUAUAGGAACAACAACAGACCAAGGCACGGUCAACUAUUAUUUGUAUUAUACUAGCGGAGCAGCCGUUUCAAUCGUAGAAGUAGACUGUUUGACUGGUGACCAUGAAGUAUAUACUGGGUGUUUCAUUUGAUCUCCAUUAAACAGGUUUUCAUAAUAAAAUAAUGUUUUUCUGUUGCCCAUUAGGUUUUAAGUACAGACAUAGUAAUGGACGUUGGUCAAAGCUUGAAUCCGGCAAUUGAUGUGGGGCAAAUUGAAGGGGCUUUUAUGCAAGGUUACGGAUUGUUUACAUUAGAAGAACUCGUAUACAGCCCGAAAGGAAUAUUGUACACGAGAGGACCCGGUACAUAUAAAAUACCUGGUUUUUCGGAUAUACCGAAAACAUUUACAGUUUCAUUGCUGAAAGGUUCAGAAAAUCCAAGAGCGGUUUAUUCGUCGAAAGUACCUAUAUAAAAGAGAACUUUCAAAAAAAGAAUUGUACACCUACAUGAUAUAAUGGUUUUGUUUAGGCUGUUGGAGAACCACCGUUAUUUUUGUCAGCUUCAAUAUUUUUUGCCAUCAAAAACGCUGUAUAUUCGGCUAGAGAAGACGCUGGCAUCACAGAUUAUUUCAGGCUAGACGCUCCAGCGACUGUUGAAAAAAUUAGAAUGGCUUGUAACGACAAUAUUACUAACAAGGUUAGGUUAAUACCAAUAAAUUAAGUACCUCGUUUGUAUAACAUAUAUUUGUUUUUCCCUUGUAAAGCUACUACAGGAAGGAUAUGAAACUAAUUCAAUUGAUCCGUGGAACAAAAUUGUUUAA